UGGCACGCCAUUACACACACACGUACUUAGACACAUUUCGCGUACACCUAAACACACUGACACGUGCGCACACACGCACACACACACACAAGUACUAGAACUGAACUACCCUGCUGAAAGAUUCUCACCACAGUGAAGACUGAGUUGCUUGUCAGUAGUACUGCCUUCCACAUGAUCAUUUAAGGUCUACUAAUGUCCACAAUGGCUGCAUGUCUAGGCAUCUUCAUUUUGGCUCUUAGUGUGGUUGGACAGCAACUUCCUUCGAGUCCACAUGGCUGCAUGGAGGGCAGCUGUUACCCGGCAACAGGCAACCUGCUCAUUGGUCGAGCCAUUAACCUGACCGCUACCUCCACCUGUGGUCUUCACGGGCCAGAACACUACUGCAUAGUCAGCCACCUGCAGGAUUCAGACAAGUGUUUUUCGUGUGACUCCCGGCAGCCUUACAACCCGUACUACCACAGACAUAGUCACCGGGUGGAGAACGUCAUCCAACUGAAGGACAGAAAUGAAGACUUCACCUGGUGGCAGUCCGUCAAUGGAGAGGAGGGUGUCAGUAUCAAACUCAAUCUGGAGGCAGAGUUCCAUUUCACUCACCUCAUCAUGAAGUUUAAGACGUUCCGACCGGCUGCCAUGCUGAUAGAGCGUUCUUCUGAUUUUGGUCACUCCUGGAGACCUUACCGGUAUUUUGCCUACAACUGCACCAGGACGUUCCCACGCAUACCCGCCCACGCCCUCCACCUCAUCAAUGAUGUCAUCUGCGAGGAGAGAUAUUCUGACAUCGAGCCCUCCACGGAAGGAGAGGUCAUUUAUAAAGUGCUAGACCCUGCCAUACAUGUGAGAGACCCGUACAGUCUGGAGAUCCAGGAGCUGCUACGGAUCACCAACCUGCGGAUCAACUUCACCAAGCUACACACUCUUGGAGACAACCUGCUGGAUCGCCGCUCAGACGUCCUGCAGAAGUACUACUACGCCCUCUAUGAGCUGGUGGUGAGAGGCAGCUGUUUCUGCUACGGCCAUGCCUCGGAGUGUGCCCCGGUGCCUGGGGUUGAAGCCAGAGACAGUGGCAUGAUACAUGGGCGAUGUGUGUGUAAACAUAACACUGAGGGGUUGAACUGCGAGCACUGCCGAGACUUCCACCACGACAUGCCCUGGAGCCCAGCCCAGCCUGACAACCCCCACACAUGCAGAGAGUGCAAUUGUAACGGUCACUCCAGCGAGUGUCAUUUCGACAUGGCGGUGUACCUGGCAACCGGCAACACCAGCGGCGGGGUCUGUGACGACUGUCUCCACAACACCAUGGGACGCAACUGUGAGAUGUGCAAACCCUUCUACUACCAGGACCCCAGCAGAGACAUCAGGGAUCCAGGGGUCUGUACUGCCUGUGACUGCGACCCAGUGGGAUCCAUGGAGGGUGGCGUGUGUGACAGCCACACGGACCUAGACAUGGGCAUGAUUGGCGGGCAGUGUCGUUGUAAGCCCAACGUUAAGGGUGCCCGCUGUGACGACUGCAAGGAGGGCUUCUACGGCCUGAGCCAGAACGACCCCCAGGGCUGCCAGCCGUGUAACUGUGACCCGCGUGGGAUCAUCAUGCUGGGAACUCCGUGUGACCAGAUCAGCGGAGACUGCUCCUGUAAGAGAUACGUGACAGGUCGCUACUGCAACCAGUGUCUGCCGGAGUACUGGGGGCUGAGUAAUGACCUAGCAGGCUGCAGAGCCUGUACCUGUGACUUCGGUGGGGCCUACAACAACAGGUGUACGGUUGAGAAUGGCCAGUGUGAAUGCAGGAGUCACCUGAUUGGUCGACAGUGUUCCGACGUGCAGCCUGGGUACUUCUGUGCCGCGCUGGACUACUACAAAUACGAGGCAGAGGAUGCUGUCGGCCACUCGCCUAGUGAACACGUCCUUCCAGGCCAGGCCAGGCCUCAGGCUGAGGUCGACUGUGUGGAGCAUCUCAACAACCAGCUGAGGAGACACCGGCGCCACAGACCAGUCGCCACCACUCAGAAACACAGGGCAGCCCUGAGACGCAUCCGCCAGCUACAGCAAACGCCAGAUGUGAGGAGUGUCCACAGGCAGAGAUCUCAGGGUCACACGGUCACCUGGACUGGACCUGGUUUUGCCCGGGUCAAAGACGGAGCAGGACUAGUGUUCAGCAUAGACAACAUCCCGUAUGCUAUGGAGUAUGACAUCAUCAUCCGCUAUGAGCCAGAGUCUACAGAGGACUGGGAGGCUAUAGUGAGUGUCACCUCCCAGUUGCUGCCCACCAGCUCCCGCUGUGGCAACCUGCUGCCCACUGAACAGCUGUACACCGUCACCCUGCCCCACCACGGGAGGUAUGUCAAGAUGCCCCGGCCUUUUUGCUUUGAGCCUAGUAACCGUUAUGUUGUGGCCAUCCGAUUCCAGCGCCACGGUGUGUCCCAGAGACACCUGACUGCUUUCAUACUUGUCGAUUCGCUGGUGUUGACCCCAAUCUACACGGAGCUGCCAGGUUUCCAGGGCAACGACCCCGCGGCAGAGGAGCACCGCGAUGAGAUGGUGCGCUACAUGUGCAUGGACUCCUUCAUGGCCACGCCCAUGCCCUUGCUGGCGGAGAUGUGUACAAAGCUGAUCUGCAGCAUCUCUGCCAUCCUGCAUGAAGGAGCCCUGCAAUGUCAGUGUGACCCUCAGGGAUCUCUGAGUGCUGAGUGUGACAGGAUCGGGGGUCAGUGUCACUGCAAACCCAAUGUGAUUGGACGACGGUGUGACCAAUGUGCACCUGGCACUUACGGCUUUGGACAGUAUGGCUGUACUGCCUGUGACUGCCAUUCCCAGGGCUCCGUGGGCCACCAGUGUGACCCGGGGACGGGGCAGUGUCCAUGCAGACAGGGGGCCAGCGGGCGCCAGUGCUCCGACUGCCAGCCUGGCCAGUGGGGCUUCCCCAGCUGCAGGCAGUGUGAGUGUAACGGCCAUGCGGACCACUGCCACCCACAGACGGGGCAGUGCCAGUCCUGCAGAGACUACACUGACGGACCCCUGUGUGACAGGUGUGUGAACGGUUUCUUUGGGAAUCCGGUUUUGGGGUCUGGAGAUCACUGUCGACCCUGCCCUUGUCCUGGGAAUCCAGGAAGUGGACACUCGCAUGGAGAUUCCUGUCAAGCUGACCACGCCUCCAAUCAAAUACUAUGCAACUGUAACCCAGGCUAUAAAGGCAAUCGCUGUGACCUCUGUGCCCCUGGUUACUAUGGCAACCCUGAGCAUCCAGGUGGACAGUGCCGACCAUGCCAGUGCAGUGGCAACAUCGACACAGAGGACCCAGGGUCAUGUGACCCGAGGACAGGCCAGUGCCUGAGAUGCCUGUACAACACGGAUGGAUCCUCCUGUUCCAACUGUAAACAUGGUUACUACGGUAACGCUCUGGUUCAGGACUGCAGACGUUGCACAUGUGUAACAGCAGGUACACAACAGUCAUACUGUAGUGGAGGUCACUGCCAUUGUGACAGCCAGACGGGAGCGUGCCCCUGUCGAGACAACGUGGUGGGGGACAACUGCGACCAAUGCGCCCCAGAACACUGGAACUUCGGAACAGACACGGGCUGUGAGCGGUGUGGGUGUCAUCCUCAGCACGCCACUGGGCCCCACUGCAACAUGUUUAGUGGACAGUGUCACUGUAGGCAAGGCUUUGGGGGGAGGCAGUGCACAGAGUGCGAGCAGUUCCACUGGGGAGACCCACGUGUUCAGUGUGAAGAGUGUAACUGUCACCCUCUGGGCUCGGAGAGCGCUCAGUGCGACCGCGUGACCGGAGCGUGUGAGUGCAGGACGGGGGCGUCAGGGCUGCGGUGCGACAGUUGUGACCGUGGCUUCAGCGGGGCCUUCCCCAAGUGCAUCCCAUGCCACCCCUGCUUCGAGCUGUGGGACGACACCGUGUGCACCAUCCGCCAAGAGCUGGAGCGCAUCCGCCGCGAGGUUCAGAGGAUCCUGGAGAGUGGCGAGAUCCCUGGGGUGGAAGACAGGCGCAUCCACGAGCUGGAGGAAAAAUUGGCCAGGCUAAGGGACCUGAUCCAAGAUGGAGACAAAGACAGAAUACACCAGCUGAUUGGCCAGUCCAUCGAUGACCUAAGAGCGGAGAUAGCUCUAACUGAUGGCCGUCUGAUGGGUGUGGCCCGAGAGCUGAAUGGGAUCCAAGUGCAGGAUGAGGUACUAAGGAGGAACCUAACCCAGAUGGAGGAGGAACUCAGGGACCUCAACACCACACUGGAGCAACACUGGAAAGAAAUGGUGAACAACUCUGAGUUCCAAGAUCAGUUUGACCUUGUAAAGAAGUACUACAACGAGUCUCAAGAGGCACAACAGAGGUGCAACGCCUCUGUUUCCGGUCCCUUCAGCCCUGUGGAGGAAUCUAAAGCAAUACGAGAACAAACCGAGGACCUUCUGAGCGAGAGGAAAGACAAGUUUCUGCGCACAGUGGCAGCACAGAAGAAAUCACUGUCAGAGCUGGAGAACAAAGUCCGGGAUGUGGACAAGAAAGUUCACCAACUGAGCCACAAGGUAUGUGGUGGAAGCGCCAAUUCAAGCUCCAAUGGCACGUGUCCCAACAGCCCAUGUGGAGGUGCUGGUUGUCGUGACAGUGACGGUCAGAGGGUGUGUGGAGGGGACGGGUGUAACGGAACUGUGAGCGCCUCCCUAAAGGGGCUGAAAUACGCUGAUGAUGUCACAAAUAACCUGACUGCUGCCAGUGACGAUCUCCAGCGCGUGACUAAGAAGCUCCAGGACAUUGCUAUGCUGACCCAGGAUGUGAAGAAUCAAGCCAUGGACACCUUGGAUAAAGCUCAAAAGAAGAAGGACCUCUUUGAAAACUCCAAUAAAAAACUCAAGGAGUUCAUUAAGAAGAUCAAAGAGUUCCUGACUGUGGAAGGUGCUGACCCAGAAAGCAUUGAGAAAGUGGCUCUGCAGGUGCUGGCUAUAUCUCUUCCUGUCAACAGAACCACCUUAGACAGUGUGGUCCAGCAGAUCAAAGACAGCAUUAAUAACCUGACCGACAUAGAGGGGGUCUUCAACAACACUGCAGAGCAGCUCCGCCAGGCCAAAGAGCUGCUCAACAGAGCUAAGGAUGUCAAGACACGAGCAGAAGGAGUGAAGGACACAGCCAACAUGACUAAACAGGCUUUGGACUCAUCUGAGAUGGCCAUUCAGAAGGCAGCCGAAGCCCUGGACCAGGCCCUGAAAAACCUCAACAGCACCAAAAACUCCACAGCAAUGGUGGAAGAGAAGCUUAAGGAUCUGGAGGCCAUGCAGAUGGAUUCUAUGAUGCGACUGGCCAACCUUUCGAGGGGGAUCGACGAAUUAAAGAGCAAGACUGAUCAGAACCGGGAGAUGGCCCAAGAUGCCACGAACCAGGCCCAAAAUGCCACUCUAGAAGCAUUGGGUUUAGAAGAGGGGCUGAAUGAGACAGAGGGUCGUUACAAGGAGCUGCAGAUGAUGGUGGACUCUCUGGGUGGGGCCUCGGGGGGCCUGGAUAGUAUUAACCAGAGGGCCAAUGAGAUCAAGAAGGAGGCUGAAGACCUGCUCACUAAGGCCAACAAGGGCAUAGAAACACUACGGAAGCUUGAGAGGACGUUCCGUAAUAAUGAGCAGAGAAUGCAGGACCAGCGAACAGAACUAGGGGAGUUGGAGAAGAAUGCCACAGAUGCACGGGAAGCAAUACGAAAGCAGGUGCAUACAUACAGCAACUGUAACUGAUAAUGUGUAUUAAACAAUGUAGGGGAUAAAUGCUGUAUUAAUAAACGUAUACCACUGGUGCUUUAUCACA